AUGGCUACUAUCCGCACCACUACUCUUCUCAACCUCCUCUUAAUCUCAUCUUUCCUUCUCAUACUCCUUCUCGGCCCAGCCUGCAAGGCUGACAACAUCUUGUAUCCUGGUAGAACUCUCGUUACUAACACCUAUCUGGAAUAUGGGAGCUAUAAAUUUAUAAUGCAACAAGAUUGCAACCUGGUCUUAUAUGAUGAGGGAAUCCCCUAUUGGCAUUCCAACACCGCGGGCAGGGGAAUCAAUUUUUGCCAUUGCACCAUGCAAACUGAUGGGAAUCUUGUGAUAUUUGCUCCUACCGGUCGUGCUAUUUGGACUAGUAAAACUGCCAGAGAUCAAGGCUCCUAUGUUCUCAUCCUUCAAAGUGAUCGAAAUGUGGUGAUCUAUGGUGGGGCUAUUUGGGCCACUGGGACUAAUGGAACUGGGAGUGGUGCAAUUCCAGUGGUCAGUUGGGGCAGCUCUGAGGACACUAAUCAUACCGCUGUGGUUGAUGGAUCUGGUACCAUCAUAGAUAUGGUGGCUAAGUUCAAUGAACAGCAAGAGAGUGAAGAACGAAUAAUCUCCCAAACAAAAAGAGUGAUUGAGUCUGACUCAGGUGAGUUAGUGAAAAGCAUGGCAAGAGAGCCAGUUCAACUCGCGAAUGAUCAGCAAGUGAAGGACCGAUCCUUUAGUGUCAGUACAGUUGAGUUGCAAUUGCAUGUGCGUGUAAAGAACUCAGACGUGACAAUAGUAUGA